AAUAGUGAGGGACUAACACCUCUAGAAAUCGCCGAGAUGGGCAGACAGGCCGAUGUUGUAAAAUUGUUGCAGAGUUUAUCAGGGAUUCGUAAGCGGAGUCAUGAUGACGACGUACUGGAGAGUACGAAAAGAUUUAAAAUUGAAGAUGGUACUGCUGCUGAUGUUGUUGUACAGUCUGCCGAAAAUCUUUGUGAGGAAACUAAAACAGAUUGUGACCUUAUUCCUCAAACCAUGAAGGACGUUUUGAAUUCUACGUGUAACGAAAACCGAGUGAGUGUCAUUCGGAAUGAGAUUAGAUGUGGUAAUAUUAACAUUGUAAAGUAUUUGCUUUCAAAAGGAACUCACGUGGAUGAACGGGUGUUAAAUGGCAAUACUUUGCUACUUGAAGGGGUAAGAAGUGGCCAGUUUGACAUAGUCAAGCUAUUAGUUGAAGAAGGAGCAGAUUUAAAUAAAAUCGGUAGUGAUAUGCCCUUACAUGUAGCGUGUGCAAAAGGAUACUUGGAAAUUGUAAAAUUUCUCGUGGAACAUGGCGCAGAUGUAAAUCUUAAUUCGUCAACAACCAAACGUACCCCAUUGCACAAUGCCGCAUUUUAUAAGCAAAUAGAAAUCGCCCAGUAUCUUCUGAAUCAUGGUGCCGAUAUUAAUAAACCAACUGUACGAAGCAAGGACACGCCUUUACACGUAGCAGCCCAGAAAGGAAACGCAGAAAUGGUUAAGUUUUUGGUUCUUAAUAACGCAGACUAUUGUGCUGUUAAUAAGAAGGCAUUAACACCACUAAAAGUUGCUGAUCGCAACAAUAAACCGUCAGUUGUGCGAUUUUUAAAGAAUUUGCCCAGAUCUUUUAAGACACCAGAUAGGUUUGUGAAAGACCAAGCUUCUAUCAUUGCGAGUCUUCUCAGAGGUGAAAACAAUCCAGACACCAAUGCUGCCUUAAAAAAAGAAAUUUGGAAGGGCAAUAUCGCCCUAGUUAAAAAUUUAGUUGCACGAGGUUUCGGCGUUAAUACGCACAUGCGCAAUAGUCAGUCCAUGUUAUCAGAAGCGGCACGAAGUGGGCAGCUCGAAAUUGCAAAGUUUUUAGUGGAAAAGGGGGCCAGUAUUGAUGCACAGUGCCGCGUGACUCCUUUAUAUGGAGCAUGUAAAGAAGGCGAUUUUGAGAUGGUAAAAUAUCUCGUCGAUAAAGGUGCUAAUGUUAAUUUCAUGUCUGCGAGAAGUGAAGGCCCUCCACUGCUUUCAGCGGUCGUUGGCAAUCAUAAGUCAUUAGUUGAGUACCUUAUAAGUCACAAUGCCGAUGUGAAUCAGCGACAAGUAGACGGGAAUACCCCUCUACAUCACGCGGCGCAGAAAGGGCUACUCGACAUGAUUAAAAUUUUAGUAGAGAAUGGUGGAGCAGUGGACGUUGUUAAUAAAAUGGGAUUAACGCCGCUGCAGUUGGCUGAGAAAAAUUACCAGUCUGAUGUAACACUGAUGCUCUUGAAGGGUCAAGAUACGUCUCUACACAAAGCGAUACAAGGUGGCCACUUAGAAACUGCGCGAUUUUUAAUAGGAACGGCAGCAGACGUCAAUAAUUUGAAUGAAUUCGGCGAUACACCUCUGACUCUCGCCAUACAAGAAGGAUACACCGAGUGUGUCAACCUAUUACUAAAUCAUAGCGCCGAGGUUAACACCAAAGGUGCUUAUAACCCAUUGUGGGAGGCCGUGAGACUCGGCGAUCUUGACAUAAUCAAGAGUCUGGUGGCUAAAGGUGCCAACGUCAACGAGCGGCAAAAUGGUGAAACCCUCCUUCAUAAAACCGCUAGAAGCGGCCAAUACGAAAUCGUCGAGUUUUUAGUGACAAAUCAAGCCGUCGUCAACGUCGUGAACCAAGAAGGCUUGACUCCUCUGUACUUCGCGUCCAAAGAAGGCCACUACAAGAUCGUCAGUUUUCUCUUGAAAGUAGGAGCCGACGUUAACUUAUCCGAUCCCAACGCGUUUACACCUCUUCAUGGAGCAGUCAGUGUCAACCAUCUCAGAAUAGUGCGGCUUUUACUCGAGAAUAAAAGCAACGUGAACAAGCAAUUUACACAUGGUGAUAGCGUGUUGCACUUGGUUGCAGAAACUGGUAACCAUUUAAUUUUCGAAACUCUAGUGAAAGCGGAAAAUGUGAAUGUCAAUAUUAUUAACGCGAAAGGAUUGACGCCUUUGUAUGUCGCAUCGAAUCGAGGGCAUCUGAAAAUUGUUGAAAUGCUAAUAAGUAGUAACGCUGUUGUCAGUCUGGGGAAAUGUAUGACUUUUGCACCUUUACAUGGCGCAGCAGCGGGUGGAUUUGUGGAAGUGGUUAGGUUUCUUGUGGAGAAGGGAGCCAAUGUACGGGAAGCUUCCGCCACUGGCGAUACAGCUCUUCAUAAGGCGGCCCAAGGUGGUCACUUAGAUGUUGUGAAGUAUCUUGUGCAGAAAAGAAUUGAUGUAAUGGCUGUCAAUCAUGGUGGGAAGACCGCGAUGGGUGUAGCCGCACAGGAGGGACACAUGCAAGUUGUAAACUUCUUCAUUAUGUAUAAUAAAGCCGAAACUGUACUCGUGGAGUGA